AUGGCCUCCCAGAACACCGCUGGCCUCUCUCCAGCCCGGGGCAGCCCGGCCUUCCGGGAGAUGGAGCCCAAGGACCAACAGGUCAUGGUGGCGCUUCGGAUCCGCCCACUCAGUGAGGCUGAGCUAGAGGAAGGAGCCACCAUCAUCGCCCACAAAGUAGGGGACCAGGCCGUUGUGCUCAUGGACCCUGGCGAAGACCCUGAGGACCCUCUGCGUGCGCACCGGUCCCGGGAGCGCACCUUCAUUUUUGACAGAGUUUUUGACCAGCACGCGUCACAGGAAGAUGUGUACUCUGCCACCAUCCAGCAUUUGGUGGAGGGCGUCAUUUCUGGAUACAAUGCAACAGUGUUUGCCUAUGGCCCCUCAGGUGCGGGGAAGACCCACACCAUGCUAGGCAUGGAUGCAGAGCCUGGGAUCUAUCUCCAGACCCUCACUGACCUCUUCCAGGCCAUUGAGGAGACCCAGGACCACAUGGAGUACAGCGUGUCCGUGUCUUACCUUGAGAUUUACAAUGAAGUGAUCCGGGACCUCCUGAACCCAUCCUCAGGGUUUCUGGACCUGAGAGAAGAUUCUAAGGGCAGCAUCCAGAUUGCUGGCAUCACAGAGGUCUCCACUUUGAACGCCCGAGAGAUCAUGCAGCUCCUCACCAGGGGCAACCGGCAGCGCACGCAGGAGCCCACGGCCACCAACAAGACAUCCUCACGUUCUCACGCGGUGUUGCAGGUGACGGUGCGCCAGCGGAAGCAUGGCCCAGACCUGGCAGAGGAAGUGCACCUCGGCAGGCUCUUCAUGGUGGACCUGGCUGGCUCGGAGCGUGCCUCCCAGACCCAGAACCGUGGCAAGAGGAUGAAGGAGGGCGCCCACAUCAACCGCUCGCUGCUGGCGCUGGGCAACUGCAUCAACGCGCUCAGUGAGAAGGGCAGCCGCGCGCAGUACGUCAACUUCCGGGACAGCAAGCUCACGCGCCUGCUGAAGGAUGCGCUGGGAGGGAACAGCCACACAGUGAUGAUUGCCCACAUCAGCCCGGCCAGCAGCAGCUUUGAAGAGUCUCGGACCACACUGCUCUACUCAUACAGGGCCAAGAACAUCAAGACUCGGGUCAAACGCAACCUACUGAAUGUCUCCUACCGCAUCGCACAGUACACAGACAUCAUCUCAGACCUGCGCAGGGAGAUUGAGCAUCUCAAAUCAAAAAUUGAGAAGCAAGAGAAGAAAAGUGAACCUGACAUCCCGGAUGUUCAAGUCACAGUCGGCCCCCACAACACAGAAGAAGAGAGCCACUUGCAGAUGAACAAGAUCCGGGCGCAGCUCAUCGGAGCCUUUAAGGAGCAGAUGGAGAUGCGGCGCAGCCUGGUGGAGUUAGAGAAUACCAACCUCGAGCUGCAUGUGGACCUGUCCCGCCACCUACUGACCAUUGCAGACUGGGAGCGGGAGAAGAGUGACCUCCACAUGCAAAGGGACCGAGGCGAGCUGGAGAAGGAUGAGGAGCAGGCAGACACUGAUGGGGAGGAUGCAUCCACAGAGCCACACGAGGUGGCUGUGGCCAGAGAGGAAGUCAACCUACUGUUAGCCGAGCAGCGGAAAACCUCAGCCCUCAAGGCCAGCCUGGAGCAGCGGCUAGCCCUCGCCAAGGAGAAAGCGUCGCAGAUGGAGACGCUGCUGCCCACACAGGUGACCAGUGAGGACCAGCAGGAGGUGCUGCGGUUGCUGUGCAGGGCUCAUGAGCUGGAGGUGGAGAACACAGAGCUGAGGGCCGACGGCCUGUGUCGCAAGAGCCUGCUGUGCCAGAAGGACCUGGUGAUCCAGCGCUGCCAGCAGCACCGGCGGCUCUGUGAGCAGCUCAUCCAGGGGCAGCGGCAGUUGAUGCAGGACAGCGGCGUGCAGGUGCCAGAGGCCCUGGAGAGGCAGUACCAGCUGUACUUCCGGGAGCUGGAAGAGGGCACCCUGGACCGCUUGCUGCUGCUGCACUGUGGGCUGGCCAGCUCACUGCAGGUGAAUCCGACCCGCUGUGACCACCAGUACCCAAAUAUGGGUGUGAUCAGGCAUACAGUGGAUGUUUAAAGUUUUAAAAAUAAAAAUUUUAUUC